GACUGACCGAAGACAGACUGUGGCAGGUGCCUCGUAGGCAUUAGUUUUCAUCAUUCAGAAAAGUUUUCUUUGUACAUUCAACCAUGUGGGUGGCUCGUGCAGACCAGCAUCUCCACCAGGCUCUGGACACACAGCAGGACAAGACAGGGUCCCUGUCCCCAAGGACUCACCAUCCUUGGUGGGGAACAGUCACAUGAGCUGGUGGUUAUAACAUAGUGUGACUGGUGCAGGGAAAAGCUCAAAGGAGGCACCCUGGCCCUGGAGCCCAACCUGGGGGUGUCCCGCAGAGACUCCUGGAGUUAGGACCUGGAGAGGCGGAGGAGCCUGAGGGAGCAGCACAGAGAGGCCACGGACGGGCAACAUCGCGCGGGAUUGCGGGUCAGUGGAUGGACACGUGUGAGCCGUCUAGGCCACCGCAUGUCAUUCACCAUGGCCGUGGAACACACCACGCCCCCAUAAGGCUUUGAUCUCAUUCACUCUACUGGAAGGCGGUUCAGAAUCUCUAAGGCCUUGCCAGGCUUCUAGGGCGUGGUCCCGCUGCAGGGGAAGAUGAGGCAGUUCCCAGGGCCAGCGCUGGAGGUGCAGGCAAUACCGAACACUCCACAACUCGCAGAGGUCUCCUAGCAACCUUCCCUAGGAAUUCUUUCUGGGCCCGACUAGAGAACUGGAGGGGAGGCCCCGAGAUUGAUGAAUUUGCCUUGGGAGUCGGUGAGAAGGUGAAACCAAAGGUGAACAUGGGUCAGAAGGUCACCGGAGGGAUUAAGACCGUGGACAUGAGGGACCCCACGUGCCGGCCCCUGAAGCAGGAGCUGCAGGGUCUGGACUACUGCAAGCCCACCCGGCUGGACCUGCUGCUGGACAUGCCCCCUGUGUCCUACGACGUGCAGCUGCUGCACUCUUGGAACAACAACGACCGCUCGCUCAACGUCUUCGUGAAGGAGGAUGACAAGCUCAUCUUUCACCGGCAUCCGGUGGCCCAGAGCACAGACGCUAUCAGGGGCAAAGUUGGGUACACGCGCGGGCUGCAUGUGUGGCAGAUCACGUGGGCCAUGAGGCAGCGGGGCACGCAUGCCGUGGUGGGGGUGGCGACGGCUGAUGCCCCGCUCCACUCCGUCGGGUACACUACCCUCGUGGGGAAUAACCACGAGUCUUGGGGCUGGGACUUGGGGCGCAACCGGCUCUACCACGAUGGCAAGAACCAGCCAAGCAAAACUUACCCAGCCUUUCUGGAGCCAGACGAGACAUUCAUCGUCCCCGACUCCUUCCUUGUGGCCCUGGACAUGGAUGAUGGGACCCUGAGCUUCAUUGUGGAUGGACAGUACAUGGGAGUGGCUUUUCGGGGACUCAAGGGCAAAAAACUGUAUCCUGUAGUGAGCGCCGUCUGGGGCCACUGUGAGAUCCGCAUGCGCUACUUGAACGGACUUGAUCCCGAGCCCCUGCCGCUCAUGGACCUCUGUCGCCGCUCGGUGCGCCUGGCCCUGGGGAAGCAGCGCCUGGGUGAGAUCCACACGCUGCCUCUGCCCGCCUCGCUCAAGGCCUACCUCCUCUACCAGUGACGCUCUGCCUGGGGACCACCAGCACAACAGCCCCCUGGUGCCAACUCACUGAGCCGCGGGCCACUGGGGCCAUCACCCUGCACCCCUGCACCUUGGACCGGCGGCCGCAGCCCUGGGCAGGAGAGCCACUUGUCCUCCUCUGCCUCCCCAGCUGCACACGGACAGAUUCCGACCCGGGCUCCUCUCACCCCUCCCUGACAUUGGCAGAAGGCAGUAUCCCUGCAUGCUGUAUUCCAGCCCCUCCUUGAAAAAAGACAGAGAAUAAACUACUAAAGCCCUACACUGAGCUCCAAUCUGCUCUCGGGGUGGGAUAAGGUGCUCCCCACACCUUUGGGAGGAGGCUGCAGCCACCUGGGGCCCAGGGUGUUGGGGCCGGUGGGAAGCGCUGGGCUCCGGGAGCAGAUACCAGGAGUGCUAAGAGGUGCUUCGAUGAGGGCUGGGGCCAUGCCAGCGGUGCCCAGCCCAGCGGGGCCUGCUGUAGCAGGUGAAGCUCAGGAUGUCAAAAACUCACCACGGACCCAAGACAGAAAACAAACUUGGACCUUCUGCAGGCAAACAAACACCCAGCAGCAUUGACCCCAGCUGACGGUGCCCCCGUACCCUGUAUUUAUUCUUUCAACAAUAACAAAAGCCAUUUAUUUAUUCCACUUAGAAAGGAAACCUUGUUUCAGUCACCUCUCUGGCGUGUUCUGUUGGUUCUUCCACCUGCUGCCUCCCUGGGAUGUGUGUGCCUCACCUGUCCUCCUUGGGUUAUUAUGCCUGUGGCACGUGUGCACGGAUACGCAGGCACAGGGUCUUUGUUUGGGUCCCUUGACCUACAGUUUCCAGAGGGUUCUGCUGCAAGUUCCCCAGCGGGCCCCUCAGGGAGAAUUAGCCUCACGUUGCUUAGGGAGCCUGUCCAAAGGGUAGUGGCAGUUUCCCCGUGUCUUCAGGGAGCCACUUACCUCUUGGGCGCGUCCAUCUUCGCCCAGGGUCGUAGUUCUGCAGUCUUCCAUGGGCUUGGUGGUGUGGGUUUGCUUUUGCUUUUCUGGCUGACACUUCCCAGGUGUAUCCUCAGAAGCUCUGGGUAUGCCUGGGGGACCACUAGAACUAAGA